AUGGUGUUCAAAGUUGUGAUCCUCUGCGCUUUUGCUGUCCUUUUCCAGACCAUCUCCGGUCAGAAGUGUUGCUCAUACGGCGGCUCUGGCAGCUCCAUCGGCUCCAAGUCUAUCUCCAUCUCCACCAGCGGCGGCGACUUCCCCGUCAGCAGCGUCGGCCCCAUCUCCCCCUCCGGCAUCGCCGUCUCCUCCGACCUCAGCCUGAACGGAGACUUGAAAGUCAACGGUGAAUUGCCGUUCCUGAGCGCCGUAAAGUUCUCUGGCGAAUACGACACUAAAGGGUCUGGCUGCGUGGACUACAGCUGCGGCACCUGCGGGAACGUGGCCAUCACCAGCGUGAAGGGUGGCUCCGGCUGCGGCUGCAAAUACUAA